AUGCGAUGGAAUGAAACCAUCACAAAAGCGAUUGCGUCGCUGGUCUGUGUAAUCCUAUGGUGCCUUUCCCUACAAUUCAUUUCUCGCCAUAUUCCGAGCAUUUCCGGAGAAGAAAAGUAUUUCCCGAAACAAUUGAUCAAUGACGAUAAUGCGCUGAAUAGGUAUCGAUUGAAUAUUUCCGAGCAGCUCUAUCGCAACAGCAUCAAAGAAUCCGAUCAUUUCAGCCCACUGGAGAUUCGAAUUCUUGUUUCUGAUCGGCGUCAGGAUUACCUUCUACAGGUUAUCGCGUUUCUAAUUGAUUCGUAUCAAUCCCAUAGGCGACUGUCGCCAAGUCUCGAGCUAUGCAACGUAGAGCCGGUGGUGUUUGAAGAGUUACGGCGCUUCCAGCUCCACAUACCAAUUCGAAUAAUCAGCAAAACUGGCUCACGACAACUCCCGCUGAAUGACGUCUAUAAGCAAAAGGCAUUCCCGACUACUGGAAAUGCCUCAAUCGAACAACAAAAGCGAGUUUAUACCCACCAUUUUGUUUUUGAUAGGUACGUGAUGCUGCUCGAAGAUGACGCGCUUGUCGUUCCGGAAUUCGCUAGAAUGAUGACCUCACUAAUGAAACAACUGGAUCGCAGACCGUACGUCGACUACGUGAAGCUCUAUCACCCCAAUCAACUGCGAAAGAUCCCAUCCAUUCCAAUGGCAAUAGCUUUAUCGCUGAAUAUUUGUUAUUUAUAUCAAGUUAUUGUUUUCCGACGGGUAUUCUUGUUGUGGUUAGUGGCUACCUCUGCACUUAUGUAUGCAUUUCUUCGCUCAUAUGGCUCCCAGCUUCUGGCUGAUGUGCGAUACGCUAUCACAAAGUCGGUCUACAUGACCGUCACUGAGUCGUGCUGCACACCGGCAGUGGUGUUUCGAGCGCGGAAAAUUCCAGCGAUCGUCUCCAAACUGUUGGCAGUGUCUAACAAACGUGCAUUCAUUGGCCAUGCAAAGGACCACAUCUCGACGAAUCGGAGUUUAUCGGAAGGCAAACGGAUACAAAUCUUGUGGUCCACAUUGGGGCAGUCAGCUCGGUACGUAAGCGUCUCAUCACCCUCAAUGAAGUGCUCUCCGCGAGAAAUCGCGACCACUAAAGCACAAAGCGCAAUUAUUAGCUUGUGA